AGUUUAGUGGUUGCUAAGAAAGCGAUUAUCCCGCAAUUUAAACAACAACGAUAAUGUCGAAAGAGGCUGUGGAAGAUCGUGAAUUUGAACGAUUACUGUCCGAAAUUAAUCAAGCGACAGCUGCUCCAACUAAGAAACAUGAUCUGAUCUUUAAUUCGAAAGGGUACUUCAGUGCUUUGCAAGCUUCGCGGCUUAUUUAUGCCCAAACUACUCCACCAGAUAAAGUUCGGGCUCUAAAAAUUUUAGAACCAAGAUUAUGCCGAAUGACAUGUUCAGAGGCUCGAGACAUUAUAAACUGCUUCACCAUUGGUAAUGACAAACUUUCUGCAUUGAAUGUUGUUAAAAGAUAUCUAACUGACUGCGAACGUGUCGAGAGUAUUGAAUUCAUUUUAUCUUGCUUCCCUUUUGAGAAAGACAAGUACUGUGCGUUGAGUAUCCUAAAAACAGUACGAUCGGAUGUAGCGGACUUAAUGGCUGCUGGAGGCCAUCAAGGUUAUGCUGCUCUGGGAUCUCUCUUUACACAAUCAAGGCCUUUGGAACUUCAUACUUAUGGAAGCCUCAACGAACAAACCCAACAAAUGCCUGGUGGUGGAAAGCUUCUUUUACCGGCACUUGCCAAGACUGAUGUAUCACCAUCAACCUACAGUGGCCAUCCUUCCUACGCUUAUAAGCAGGGACGAGACUACGCCGCCGAUCGAGGAUAUCCAGGUAACCCUUUCUCAGAAGGAAGUUGGUUCAACGAAACUGGAGGAGAAUGUCCAGCUAGACCUGCAGUUGAGGGUAUUUAUCCAACCGGAGCUCCACUUAGUGGCCAACAUCAAGCAGCCCAAGCCCCAGUAGGUUUCCCUAAUGAUCAGAGUGCGGAAAUGUCCAAAGUUAUUUGUCAUUGACAGACAUUGCACUAGGCUAACUGGUAAAAGCACGUAUUAUAGAUCCUUGAAUAAAUACGAACAGCUAUUCCAACUUAAAAUGAUUUAUGAAAUACAGAUUUCACAUUAUUCAA